AUGCCGUUCGUGAUCUUUGCGCCGCUCUUGCUACUCCCGUUCGGCCCCGACUCGGACAACGUCACCUUCUACAACGUCUUGGAGAAGAAGGUGUUCUCCUUGCCCCUUCUGGAUGUGUGCAGGAAGGUGUUGUGUGGCUCAUCGUGUGGGUGGCUGACUCUGAUGGACGAGUUCGCGUCCGUGAUGCUACUGAACCCCUUCACCAUCGCGUGCAUUGAGCUCCCACUAGUCGACGAGCACGUCGUGAUGGCGUCCUCCUUGGUACAUGUCUCUAGAGUGGAUAGCCGGUGGUUGCUCCAUCCCAAUAGCCAUGGUAUAGCGGACACGGCUAGUGCCAUCAUGCUAGACUUGAUGAGGCAGGUCUUCUUCAAUAAGAUCGUGCUCUCCAGGUCACCUGACUCCAACGACCGCAUGUGUGUGGCCAUGGCCAUGCUCGCAAGGUCCACGGAGGUCGCAUUCUACCAGGUUGGGGUCAAUAGCGUGUGGAAGUUGUUUGACACUUGCCUUGAAUGCUUCGUGGUCUUUGUCGUCCACUACAAAGAUAUGUUCUUGGCAAUCGACAGCACUAGAGAGAUCUUCAUCUGCAGCAGCAUCGCUGCCAGUGCAACCCUGAUUGCAAAGCCAAUGCCAUCACUAUCGCCACCUACGCUUAAAGUGUCCCACAAGACACGCCGCUUCAUUUACAGAAUCUUGAUCUACAAGUGCAAUCUCCUGGACCCAAGGCCAAAGUGGCGCAGGGUGAAUGACGUCAGCGACUGGACACUGUUCGUGUCAGAGCAUUUCAUUGAUAGCUUCAGUGGAACAAGCAUCUUCAAGUACAAGAGAAACAAAAUCUACUUCUCGGAGCCUUUGUAUGGGGAUGAAUACGACUUGUCCUAUCGUUUGGAGACCAUUGAUAUUGCCACAGACACAUCUAAAGUGACAGCUUUACACCAGAAGUUGCAAGGUUCCCAAGCUCAAGGUUGGUUUCUACCAAAUCAAUGGCAGCGCGGCGCCACGGAGGCUGAAGCUCUUCUAUCGGCAACUUUUGUGACCAUUUGA